CUUCAACAGGAGGCUCCUGAACAUCCUGAAGGCCAUGGUGAGGGUCUGGCCCUUCGACUUCCUGCGGCUGGGCCCCCUCAUGAAGAGGAAGCAGGUGGACAACCUGAAAGCUGUGUUGGAUGGGAUCGACCUGAUGUGCGCCCAGAACUCUGACUUCAGGAGAGGGAAGCUGCACGUGCUGGAUUUACGGGAUGCUGGUCGGAACAUCUGGAACGUGUGGGCCGAGAGCCUGGAUGAUGCCUGCUCUCCGAAGCCCAAGCUGAGGAGGCAGCCAGUGGAGCACAAGCGGCCCAAGUCAGCCUUGAAGGUCAUAGCCAACAUCUGCCUCCCCGAGGUCAUUCAGGAUGAGUUCCUCCCCCACCUGCUCCUGUGGGUGAAGGAGAGAGCCAGCCUGGUGCACCUGUGCUGCCACCAGCUGAAGAUCUCGGUGAAGAACAUCCACACCUUCAGCAGAGUCCUGGACGUUCUGGAGCUCGGCUGCAUCCAGGAGGUGCAAGUGGACUCUGCCCAGCUCCUCUUCACCCUGGGAGAGUUGGCUCCCUACCUGGACGGGAUGAGCAGCCUUCACACACUGUGUGUCUCCCACUACGGCCUACUGAACCACGUCACCCCAGAGCACCAGGAGCUGUUCAACUCACAUUUCGCCUCCCAGCUUGCCAAGCUGCCCCACCUUCGCAGCCUUCAUAUGGCCUCUGUCUGCUUCCUGGAGCACAACCUGGAGCAGGUGCUCAGGUGCCUGAAGAGCCCCCUGGAGGCGCUCUCUGUAACGGGCUGCCUGCUCUCUGAAGUGGAUGUCUGCUGUCUGUCCCAGUGUCCAAGCCUCAGUGAGCUCCAACACCUGUACCUGAGUCAUGUCCCAUUGACCCACCUCAGCCCGGAGCCGCUCAGAGUCCUGCUGGAGAGAGUGGCAGCCACACUCAUGACCCUGGACUUGCUGCACUGCGAGAUCACAGACUCCCAUCUCAACGCCAUGCUGCCCGCCCUGAGCCAGUGCUACCAGCUCACCACCUUCAAUUUUUUUGGGAACAGCAUCUCCAUGGCUAUGAUGGAGGAGCUGCUGGAGCACACAGGCAACCUCAGUGCGCUGAGAGUCGAGCAGUACCCAGCUCCCCUGGAGAGUUACCACACCCAGGGCAUUGCCCAUGGGCCGAGGUUUUUCCAGCACUGUACAGAGCUGUUGCUCAGGCUGAAAAGAAUAAGACAGCCUAAGCAAGUUUUGUUUAGCACUGUCCCCUGCUCUAAUUGUUCACGAUGGAUGGUGUUUGGCUUAAAGCACCGUAGUUGGUGUGAGUGCUACUUGCUGGACUAAUUGUGUA